CCAGGUGGGCAGGUGCCUGGGCGGGGCGCGUCGCGGUUGGCGUCCUGGCGGCUGCCGAGCACCCGGAAGAGCCAGCAACUUAGCGAGCGCAACAGGCUGCCGCGGAGGGGCCGGAGCCGGCGGGGACUGGGCCGCAAUGGACAAGCUGAAGAAGGUGCUGAGCGGGCAGGACACGGAGGACCGGAGCGGCCUGUCCGAGGUUGUUGAGGCAUCUUCAUUAAGCUGGGGUACCAGGAUAAAAGGCUUCAUUGCGUGUUUUGCUAUAGGAAUUCUCUGCUCACUGCUGGGUACUUUUCUGCUGUGGGUGCCCAGGAAGGGACUACACCUCUUCGCAGUGUUUUAUACCUUUGGUAACAUCGCAUCAAUUGGGAGUACCAUCUUCCUCAUGGGACCACUGAAACAGCUGAAGCGAAUGUUUGAGCCUACACGUUUGAUUGCAACUAUCAUGGUGCUGCUUGACUCACUACCUUAUUCCUAUGUGGCAGAAGGGAACACUCGACUUUACCUAAUACCACGAUCCCCUCCUCCCCUAGUUUGUGUUUCAGUGGGUGUCAAGGUGCUGCCAGUUCUGAAAAGCACCUCUAGAGGGCAUUGCUUGUCAGACUAGCCAGAGUGGUAUGGUGGUAGGAAGGGAGCUUCCACACCUUCCUGGUGACUGUCGAAGCCACACACAGGCCAGGGCUUAGAGGGAAUAACUCAGAAACACAGGAUUCAUUCUCUAGGGUGGGUGUCCAGUCUUAUAGGAUAGGCUCUUUAUUCCUCAUUAUCUGACUAGGGGACUUAUUACUGUUUUUCAUCCGUCUCCCCAAAGUGGGAGUGGCCUCCUUAUAGCCUGUCAUCCUUGUGCCCUGCUCUGACAACAGUGUCUUCAGGUUUGUUAUAUCAUCCUGUCCCACUGACCGCAAAUGCCUCGCAUUUUUGGCCCAUUCUCUUGCCUGCGGUUGUCAAAAUCAUUCCAGACCUGCAUUCUCUGGUCCAGAAUAUAACCACUCCAGAAUAUAACUCUGCAGUGUAACUAUUGCAACAUUUGGAACUUGAUGAACAUAUUUUUAUUUUUAGUUUCACAUAUAUAAUCUCAUUUGUUCCAAUAGGUAAGUUCUCGAAAGCUGUGACAUUUGCUAUUUAUUUUGUGUUCUUUCACAGUGUUGGGCACAAUGCUGGAAUGUUUAGGACAUAUUUGAGUAGUUACUGUUGGAGGAUGGAGAGGAAAGGUGUGGCCGACUGCUCUAGCACCAGUGGUCCUUGGCCAACCCCAGAUGUCCGAGAUCUGGACAAGUCUCCUGUAGAAAGAGCUUUCUAAGAAUGGCCUUAGGGAAAGUGUUAGGUGACAUGUAAACAAAUAACUGGCAUGCUCGCUGUGAGAUUGAUAUCUCAUGUUAACCUUUGGCCUCGCCUGUGCUUUCUGCUGUAGCAUUUGGCAGGAGUUAAAGUAGAGAGAUUUGUGUUAAGCUUACUUUGGUGCAUUUGAACGAAAAGAUGGAUAGAUGGAUGGGUGGGCCUGAAAUGUGAUUUGUUUGCUGGGCAGAGGUUCUGGGAAAACUUGAAAGUAAAAGAACAUCUUUCUCUUUUUAAUCUAUGUGAAUCUUGAUUGGCUAGUUUGAUUUCAUGGAGAUUUUUAACUAUUCUGCCAAACAUGGAUGCUGAGGUGGGUUCACUGCUUUGAGAUGAAGGAUGCAUUUGGGAUGCUGUGAGAAUCACAGACUCUGAUUACCGCAGCCUAAGAAGUAUUGUACCUUUGUCAAGAAUAACAAGUUUUGAGGAUUUUUUUUCUGCCAUGUUAUCAUUGUCAUUAAUUAAUGUUUUCUUUC